AUGGAGACAGAGGAGGACGGGGCUGGGCGAGUUCGACAGCUGCAGGAGCAGCGGAUGGCAGUUCAGAAGAAAACGUUCACCAAGUGGAUGAACAGCGUCUUCUCCAAGAAUGGGGAGAAUGUGGAGCUGACCGACGUUUACACUGAACUUAAGACCGGAGUGGUUCUGAUCCGCCUGCUGGAGCUCAUCGCCAGCGCGAAGCUGCCGUCACCGAACCGCCGCAAGCUGAGAGUCUACUGUCUGGAGAACAACAGCAUUGCCAUCAACUUCCUCAAAACCAAAAUUCGGGUUGAUCUAAUUGGUCCAGAAAAUGUGGUGGAUGGAGACCGUACACUGAUCCUGGGUCUGCUGUGGAUCAUCAUCCUCAGGUUUCAGAUUGGACAAAUCAGCCUGGAGGAGGGACACGGAGACAGUGUAGCUCAUCGUUCAGCGAAGGAGGCUCUGCUGAUCUGGUGUCAGAGGAAAACAUCAGGCUACAACAGUGUUGACAUAAGGGACUUUUCCUCCAGCUGGAGGGAUGGACUUGCCUUCAAUGCUCUCAUCCAUGCCCACCGACCUGACCUUUUUGAUUACCAUCGUCUCCAUGGCAAUGACCCCCGGCGUAACCUGGAGCAUGCAUUCGCUCUGGCCGAGCGGGAGUUCAGUAUCAUGCAGCUGCUGGAGGUGGAUGACAUGAUAGUGGCUCAUCCUGAUGAAAAGUCCAUCAUGACCUACGUGUCUCUGUACUACCACUACUUCUCCAAGAUGAAGCAGGGGCAGACCAUCCAGAAGAGACUUGCCAAGAUUGUUGGGAUACUGAUGGAACUGGAUGAUAUGAAGCUCCAGUAUGAGAGAAUGGUCUCAGAUCUGCUUCACUGGAUCAAAACCAAGGUGGUGCAGCUGAAUGACAGAAGAUUCCCAAACUCUUUGAGGGAGAUGCAGACGCUGAUGACAGCUUUUAAGACCUACAGAACUGUGGAGAAACCUCCCAAAUACCAGGAGCGUGGUGCAAUUGAGGCCCAUUUAUUCAGUCUGAAGACCCAACUGGCAGCCAACAACCAGAGGGCUUACAAUCCUCCAGAGGGUAAAACCCUGAAUGACAUAGAGAAAAGUUGGGUUUUGCUGGAGAGGGCUGAACAUGAACGAGAACGAGUCCUACAGGAGGAAUUGCUACGCCUGGAAAGCUUGGAGCAGCUUGCACAGAAGUUUGCCAGGAAGGCAGCUCUGAGGGAGGGCUAUCUGGAGGACACACUGCGUCUGAUCCGGAGGCAGGACAUCCGUGGUCUGUCCACUCUGGAGGAGGCUCAGGCAGCUGGCCGACGUCUGGAGGCCCUGGCCACCGAUGCUCUGGCCCGAGAGCCACGCUUCACGGCCCUCAGAGACAUGGCUAACUCCAUUAAGAGAGGAAACUAUCACAGCAAGGAGCAGGUUGUCAGGAGGGAGGAGAGCAUCAGCCAUCGAUGGAAGGACCUGCUGCAGCAGCUCCAAGAACAAAGGGUGCUUUUGGGAAAUGUAGUUGAAACUCUGAGCAUCCUGCGAGACAUUGAGCUUGUGUCCCAGGAACUGAAAGAACUACAGAGCCAAGCCAGUUCCUCUGAACUGGGGAAGCAGUUGGCAGAGGUGGAGUCUCUUCUUCAGAAACAUGAUCUCCUGGAAGCUCAGAUCUCAACUCAUGGUGAAACCAUAAAUACAAUCAGUAGCAGAGCUUUGAGGGGAAAAGUAAAAGAUGGCCAGCAGAUUCAGAGCAGAGUGAGAGCUCUUGACAGUCAGUACAAAUCUCUGGUCUCCCUCAGCAGCAGCAGGAGGAGGCAGUUGGAGGCUCAGCUGAGGUUGUUUGAGUUCUUCUUUGACUGUGAGGAGUUGGAGGCUUGGCUCUAUGAACGCUGGUUGAGGUUGCAGACAGCUGGACUUGGACGAGACCUCAACCACAUCCAGCUGGCCCAACAGAAGCACAAGGCCCUGGAGGCGGAGAUCCAGGCCCAAGAGUCUUUAUAUAAAGGUGUCUUGGGUCGAGGUCAAGAUCUGCUCUCCAAACAGUGUCAGGUCAAUCAGCAGACUGUUCAGAAGUGGAUCAGGACUCUGAAGAAGCAAUGGAGCCACCUGACUGAGGAGGUGACAGCACAUCGUGACAGACUGCAGGCUGCCGUCAACGUAAAGCAGUAUUUUGCAGAUGUGGCAGAGGCUAACUCCUGGCUGGGUGACAGGAAGCCACUGCUGAUAAGUGAGGAUCAUGGGAAGGAUGAAUCUAGCACAGCAGUGCUUCUGCAGCGACACCUUCGUUUGGAAAAGGAGAUGGCGGCUUAUGCCUCAGAGAUAAAGAGACUGUCAGAACAGGCAAAGAGUGCAGCACAGCUAACGGCGCUGACUGUGAAGAAAGUGGAGCCUCAGCAAAGUAAGAUGAUCCAAUAUACCGAUUCCUCUGGGGAGGAGGAUGAGGAGCCAGCAACACGGACCACACCAUCCAGUACCAGGGGUGGGAGGGGCUCUGUAAGCACCCCCACUCAGAAUCAGGAGAGCAAGGCCAAAGUUCGCUUCAGAUACAGCAGAGGUCAGUUUCCAUGGGAUCGCAAUGAGCUUGUGACCAUUAUCAGCACUGAGUUGGAUGGAGACAGAGUUCUGGCCAGAGACGGUGGAGGAAACCAGCAGCUCAUUCCCAAAACCUACCUGAACAUGCUGCCAGCCAAUGUUUCCCCACCCACUCCACCUGUCUCAGCCAAUGACACACCAGAAACUUCAAGCAAGAAAUUGAGUCGGCCUAGACGCAGGCGCUCUAUGCGUCGCAGCACGGGUGAGAUCAAAACCGCAUGGCUGCCAGACCCCCAGUACCAGCGAGAUACUGUGGAGAGCACACAGGCCAGCUUGGACCAAGAGUACAAGUUCUUGUACAACCUGGUGAAGACAAAGACAAAAAGCCUGGAGGAGACACUGCGUCUCCAUCGAUUUUACAACAGCUGCCACGAGUUUGAGUCAUGGAUUGAGGAUAAGGAGAACAUCCUCAACACCUUCAGCACGGACGGUGACAAUGUAGCCGUGGUUCAGGCCAAAUAUGAGAACUUCCUGACUGAGUUGGCGAGUGGGCGGGGUCAGCUGGAUGACAUCAUCAAGAUGGCAGAGGAGCUGGUGAAGAGUCAGCACAGUAAACAGAAAGAAAUUCAGGCCAGACAGAGGGCAGUGUCCAAAAGGUGGGAUCAGAUCCAGCAGCUAAAGGAUGAAAAAGGACAUAAGCUGCUGAGUACGGCGGACGUGCAGUCCUUCCUGCAGAGCUGUGAGGAGGCUAAAGCUCAGCUGCAGGCUGAGCUGUCCCGGCUCGAUGAAGUGGACAUGGGCUGCAGUGCCUUCACUCUGCGUGCUGAGGAGAAGAACCAGGCUCAGGCCCUUAGAGACAUCCAGAUGCUGGAGGGAAAGAUCGCUUACCUGAAGAAUGUGGCAAAGAUGAAGCAGGACUGCAGUCCAGCAGAGAGUGCAGCCAUUAUGGAGGAGGUUCGAGCUUUGGAGGCUCUGUUGAAGCAGGUGAAACUUCAAGCAUCAGACAGACAGCAUCUCCUGGAGGAGGCCCGCAGGCUGCAAAGCUUCCAGCAGCAGGCUAAGGAGCUGGAGCGAUGGGCAGGUUCAGUCCAGGAACGGCUCCUGCAGGAGGAGACAGCAAGUGACGUGGCCUCGGCUGUGGCGUUGCUGGAACAACACCAGGAGCUGCGACUAGAAAUGGAGGCACAGAGGGGCAGGCUGAAUGAGAUGGAGAGCUUGGGGAAAUCACUGCAGCAGGGAUCGUCCAGUGGGAAAAUGGGUGGUGUUGACAUCCAGCAAACCCUGGACAGUCUCAGUGCUGACUGGACUAAGCUGGAGAAGCUGUGGGCUAGUAAAAAGCAGCAUUUGGAGCAGACUGUGGAGCUCCAGAGGCUGAACCAAGAGGGAGACCGGAUUGAGGCUGCACUGUCUGGACAUGAAGCCCGAUUGAGAGUCAAAGACAUUGGGGACUCUGUAGACAGUGUACACAGUCUGCUGGGGCGACAAGAGGAGCUCGAAAGUCUUCUUAAGGCUUUGGAUCAAAGAGUGGUUAAAUUCACUGAGCGGAGCCAGGAGCUAAUCAAUCAGCAGCACUUUGCUUCAAAAAGCAUCAAAGAACGGAGCAAGAGCAUCCAAAAGGCCAACAGGAAGCUGAAAGAGAGCUGCAGGCAGAGGAGGAACCUGCUGCUGGACUCCAAGAAAUACCAGGAGUUUCAAAGAGAUGCAGAUGAGCUGCUGCUGUGGAUGGAGGAGAAGUUUAAGGUGGCAGAAGACGAGUCCUACCGAGACCCCACCAACAUCCUCUGGAAGCUGAAGAAACAUGAGGCGGCUGAGAAGGAGAUGCAGGCCAACCAAGUCUGGUUGGACAGGCUUGUUCAGCUGGGACAGGAAAUGAUUGCUGAAGAGCACUACAACAGUCAGAGCAUCAGCAGGAAGUCUUCUCGGCUCAGCAGGCAGUGGAAGAAACUGAGUGACAAGAUGGCCGACAGGGGGAACAGGCUGAGACAGGCGGGACAGCAGGAACAGCUGAUGGAGCUGCUGCAGGAUGCCAAGCUAAAGAUUGAGGCCAUCCAGUGGAUGCUGAACAAUGCUGCCAAAGGUCACGACCUGCGCUCCAGUCGACAGCUACUAAAGGAGCAUCAGCAGCUGGAGCAGGAGGCCAAGGAAUUGGCAGAGAAGAUCAACUCUAUUGUGAGCAGGGCCAAACACCUCGCCUCCAACCACUUCGACUCUCAGAGGAUCCUCCAGGAGACAGACGCCUAUCUCACUUUGUUCAAAUCCCUGCAGAAACCUCUGGACCAGCGUCGUGCACAGCUGGAAGCAUCUGUGGUGCUCUUUGGAUUUUAUCAUGAUGUGGAUCUAGAGCUCAACUGGAUCUCUGAGCAUCUUCCUGCCUCUGGAUCUACAGGAUAUGACAAGUCUCUGGCUGGAGCCACCAGCCUCAUGCAGAAACACAAGGAGCUGCAGGCCGAAGUGAAAGCCCACAGAAAACACCUGAACCAUGUCCUGGAGAAAGGGCGCUGCCUGGCCAAAUCCAGCAAAUUAGAAGGAGAGGAGGUGCUGCAGAGGUGCAGCCACCUCAGCACAGAGUGGGAUGAGCUUGAGGACGCCUGCAAAAAGAGAGCCGCUCACCUCAGCGAGGCCAUUACCAGAGAACAGCUGCUGCUGGACUGCUCAGAGCUGGAGUCCAGACUCACUGAGAUGCUCAGUCUGGUGAACAUCGAUGACUAUGGCAAAGAUCAGCUGGCCACACAAAGCCUCAUUACUAAACACCAGGUGUUGGAAGGACAACUGGAGGUGCUGGAAGGUGAGGUAGAGGCGUUGGGAGACCACGUUGAGCAGGCUGUUCAGAACUGGAGUCUGGAGGAACUCAGCAGACCCUACAGUAGAAUAAGCAGCCUGAACCAGGAGCUGCAGCACCAGGCUGCACUUAGGGGUCAGAAGUUGAAGGAGGUCCUUCAACUCCAUGAAUUCAGACGAGAGUCUUCAGAGCUGGAGGACUGGAUGAACCAGCAGAGACAAACUGCAGAGUCUCAGGACCUGGGCAAUGACUAUCAGCAUGUUCAGUUGCUGCGUGGGAAGUUUGAAGGUUUCCUGAAGCAGCUGGAGGUCGGAGAGGAGAGACUACAGAGCUGUAGUGACCUGGCUGCUCUGCUGAUCCGCAAAAAACACCCACAGAGCUCUGCGAUCAAAGAAACACUGCAACAGCUCAGUGCAUGCUGGGAAGAUUUGAAAGGCGCAUCUAGGGAGCGUCAGGAUCAGCUGCAGAGAGCCGAAGAAUGUCACCGCUUUUACCAAGACCUGAGUGAUGCGCUCACUCUCAUCCAGGAACGGCAUAAAAGCAUCCCUGACGAUGUGGCGAAGGAUCUGCAAGGAGUGAUGUCACAGCUGAGGAAACAUGAGGCCCUGCUCCAUGAGCUCGCCACCACAGAGCAGCAGUUGCAAGAGCAGCUGGACACAGUCGACUCUGUCCAGGACCUGUGCACGCCUCACCUGAAGCAACGCCUACAGGAAGUGGAGCAGGAAGUGGUGGAGCGGUGGGAGGAGCUCCGACUUCUUGCUGAGCAGAGAGAAGUGGAGCUCAAUCUGGCCUGCCAGCGAUACCUAUUCCUCAACACGGUUCAGGACUACUUCCUGUGGUGCAGCCAGCUGAUCAGCACGAUGGCAGCUGAGGAAAGCAUCAGUGAUGUGGCUACCGCUGACCUUCAGCUGGCUCAACAUCAGCAGUUGUGGGCUGAAAUGGAGGCAAGACAAGAGACCUACCAGCAAGCUCUGGACAUGGGAGAGGAGCUGCAGACACAAGACAGAAGGAACAAGAAGGAGGUGUUAGAGAAGAUGGAGGCCCUGCAGGCAGAGAGAGACAAACUGGAGGAGCACUGGAAGAACAAACAAAGCUGGUUAGAAACUGUUCACCUGGAGCAGAUCUUCUACAGAGAUGUCAACAGCAUGGAGAAGAUGUCCAAUUCACAGGAGAUUCUGUUGAAGAACAGCACUCUGGGAAAUACUGUGGAUGAGACGGAAGGUUUGAUCAAACGCCAUGAAGCUUUUGAGAAGCUGCUCAGCUCACAGGAGGACAAGCUGUCAUCUCUGAAGGAGCUGGCUGAAUGUCUGAUGAAACAGCUGAGCAGAAAGAAGAGCGGACGGGUCCAAACCAGACUCAAAGCUCUUCUCCAGAGACGGGAUAGAAUUAAAGAGCUGUCCGCCAAACGUGGGGAAGAGCUGGAACUUUCCAGACGUCUAUGUAUUUUCAACCGAGAUGUCGCAGAGGCUGAGGCGUGGGUGUCUGAGCGGAUGCAGAAGAUGGCGGAGGACAGUAAAGCUGACCUCAGCAACCUGCAGACCAAGAUGAAACUCCUGCAGAAACAUCAGGUUUUUGAGGCUGAAAUCCUGGCCCACCAUGAGAUCAUCAGCUCUGUACUCCUGGCUGGGGGAGACCUCAUGUCUCUUCACCCGAGAUCCAAAGAGGUAAAGAAGAGUGCAGCGACACUCAAGCUCCACUGGGAGGAGCUGAAGAAGGCUGUGGCCAUCCGUGGCAAAGCUUUGGAAGACAACAGAGCCUUCCUGGAGUACCUGCAGAAGGUGGAGGAGGUGGAGGCCUGGAUCAGACAAAAGGAGGUUAUGAUUAAUGUUGGAGAUGUUGGAAAGGAUUAUGAACAUGGAGUCCAGCUGCUGAAGAAGCUCAGCGAGUUCAGGGGGAGUGAAGAUAUGGAAAUGACAGUGGAUGAUGCUCAUAUCACCGCCAUCAACAAGCUGGCAGCCAAACUGGAGAAAAGACAGAGUGCUGAGGAGCUGCUGACUGUGAGACAGAGGAGGCAGCAGCUCAAUGAAAGGUGGAGCAAGUUCCACGUUGAUCUGAAUAAUUACAAGAAGCAGCUGGAAGACGCGCUGGUGGUCCACAGCCUCAUCAGAGAGCUGGAGGAGGUCAGAGACAGAGCUAAUGAAAAGAUGCUGCUGCUGCAUGAUCAGGAUUGUGGCUGCGAUGUGGACAGUGUAGAAAACCUGAUCAGACGCCAUGAGGAAAUAGAGAGAGAGGCUGGGGUCAUCCAAGAGAGGGCAAAGUCUCUAGAAAAAGAGGUGUUGGGUCAUCUGAGAGUUCAGUCAGUGAUGAGCGACAAGCUGAAGAACAAACAGAAGGAGAUCCAGAAGACUCUGAAAACUAUGGACAAGGAACUCAAACACCGAAAGGACAAGCUGCAGGAGGCUCAUCAGUUGCAGCUUUUCAAGGCUAACCAGCGCCUCCUGCUGGAGUGGAGUCUCAAACAGAGCAGUGAGAUGGCAGAAAAGGGACUUCCCAAGACCAGAACAGAGGCCGACAGGCUCAUUGUAGAGCAUCAGGACUGCAGGACGGAGAUUGAUGCUCGCACUGAACGCAUCGACUCUGUCAGGGACUUUGGUCUGGGCCUCAUCCGGUCUGGUCACAGCUCAAAGUCAGAGAUCCAAAAGGCUCUGAACCAGCUGGAGGAAGCGAAAGCUGGACUGGACCGAGCCUGGUUGAACCGUAAUAAAACCCUGGAGCAGGCCCGUAUUCUGCAGGUCUUCUUGGCCUCUGUAGAGCAGUGUGAGAGCUGGCUCAGCAACAGUGAAGCCUUUCUGGCCAAUCAGGACCUCGGGAGCUCAGUGACGGAGGUUGAGACUCUGCAGAGGAAGCAGGUUCAGUUUGAGGAAGCCAUGGAGGCUCAGGGAGACCAGCUGGACCAGGUGGAGAAACUGGCCCAGGAGAUGAUCCAACAAAAGCACUAUGACACCGACAACAUCAGAGCAAAGAGCAAGGCGCUGGCCACCAGGCGGAGUCAGUUGCGGCAGCAGAGCAGAUCUCGUUGUAAAGCUUUGGAUCAGUCGCUGCGGCUGCAGCAGUUCUUAUCCAGCAGCUACCAGGUAUGUGUGUGGCUGAAUGAGCGUAACGCCAUAGCAUUGGAUGAAAACUGGAGAGAACCAACAAACCUUCAGGCCAAGCUGUUGAAACAUCAGAGUUUUGAGGCAGAGAUCCUCGCCAGCCGUUACAGAGUGGACACCCUCACUAAGGAAGGAGAGAAGCUGCUCUCUGAGUCUCUGUCAGCUGAAGCAAAGGUUCAACCUCGACUCAGAGAGCUGACUGACAGCUGGGACGCCCUGAUCCACAACUGCAAGGAGAAGAAAACCAGACUGCAGGAAGCCUACCAGGCAUUGCAGUUUCAGCGCUCACUGGAUGACAUGGAGCAGUGUGUGGAGUCGGUUGAGAGGGAGCUGGCCAAUGAGGACUGUGGCAGUGACCUACCCUCUGUGAACAGACUGCUAAAGGCACUGCAGGGGCUGGAAGAGGAGGUGGAUGGACACCGAGACCGAAUCCAGGGUCUGGUGGAGACAGCAAAGAGUUUCCACUCUCAGGGUAACUUCCUGGCUGAGGAGAUUCAAACCAGAGUGGCGCACACCAUCAACAGAUACAACAGUCUGGCAGAGCCCUUGCAGAGUCGUAGGGAGAACUUGGAAGCUUGGCAAAUCCUGUUCCAGUUCUACAGAGAUGUGGAGGAGGAAAUGGCCUGGUUGAACGACAGACUGCCCUCCAUCACUGCUAAAGACUUGGGCAGCAACCUCAGCAGUAGCCAGCAGCUGCUCCAGAAGCACCAGGCCAUGAUGCAGGAGCUCUCUGGACGCACGCCAUUGGUCCAGGCAGUUCAGGAGACAGGACGUAGUCUGGUCAGGGGUCGUCACUUUGCAUCUCAUGAUAUCCGGGAGCGUCUGGAGGAGUUAAAGAGUCUGAAUGAGAAGCUUAUGGUGGAGGCUGAGAAAAAACUGAAGCUUCUGCAGGAGGGACUCAGCAUCCGUACCUUCCUCACAGAGGUAUCAGAGUUGCAGCUGUGGUUGGAGGAGCAGCAGGCAGGUUUGACGUCUCGAGACUGUGGGAGGAGCGAGGAGAUGACGGAGGCUCUGCUGAGGAGAUUGGACUCUGUGGACGUGGAACUGGAGAACCACAGGAGGACCGUGGAGAGGCUGCAGGAGAGCGGCACAUCACUGCAGCAUCUCAGACACCCCAACAGCCACCUGGUCAGUGAAUCUCUCUCAGCUGUCCUGGAACAAUUUGAGACUCUUCUCAGACUUUCUGCAUCUCGUCAUGCCGCUCUGGAAGAUCAGCUCCGUCUCUAUGUGUAUGAAAGAGAGGCCAAAGACAUGCAAACAUGGCUGACCUCCAAGAGGACAGUGGUAGAGUCCACCGACUGCGGACAAGAUCUGGAGGACGUAGAGGUCCUUCAGAAAAAACUGGAGGUUCUGGUUUCAGAGGUGUCCGGCUUGGGUCGCAGCCGACUGACUUCGGUACAACAGCUUGGCCGAGGCCUGCAGCAGGAUGAUCAGGCUCGCAGGAGGGAUGAUGCACUCAGCAGCCUGUGGGAUGAGCUCAACAGUAGCAUCAGGACCAGAGAACAGAAUCUGCAGGCAGCGAGGGAGAUUCAUCAGUUUAACCGUGAUGUGGAAGAACUGAAGGGCUGGAUGGCUGAGAAGGAGGCAGUGCUGGACUCAGAUGACCUGGGGCACGACCUGCACUCCGUCCAGACUCUACUGAGACAACAUGAGGCACUAGAGAGGGACCUGGUUCUGAUCUCUGAGGAAGUAACCAGGAGCAGAGAAGAAGGUCGCGCUCUGAGCAGAUGCCAGCCUCAGGCCAGAUCGUCUGUAACUCAGUGCCUGGAGGAUCUAGAGGUGUGCUUGACCAGCAUCCAAGACAAGGCCUCGCAAAGGCGGGCCAGACUGGGGCAGGCAGAAGAUGUGCAGAAAUACCUUUCCCAGUGGACUGAACUCAUGGCCUGGCUGAAGGAGAUGCUGUCUCUUGUGCGAGGGGAGCCUCAGAGCGGGAAGGGAAGCGAUCUGGAACAGCUCAUCAAAAAGCACGAUGAGUACCGCGUCCAGAUUGACAGACAACUCAGCAAAUCGCAGGCCACCAAACAAAAAGGAAAGUGUCUGAUUGAGGAUGGAAACUUCAUGUCUGAGAAGGUGGAGCAGCAUAUCUGUGAGCUGGAGGAGCUGGAGAUGCGCUUGGAGAAGGUCUGGGAGGAAACCAGGCUGCUGUAUGAGGAGGAUCUGGAGAUUGUCCUUCUGCAGAGGGAGAUUGAGCAGGCUGAGCGCUGGCUGAGCUCCUAUGAAAACACACUGAUGGCUGAGGAGUAUGGGGAUUCUGUGUCCGACGUUAUGGAGCUCCUUAAGAGGCAGGAGGACUUGGAGGCCAUGAUCCAGGCCCAGAGUGACCGUUUCAUCGCACUGCAGAAGAAGAAAACGCAGAGGGAGAAGAGCCUGGGUCUUCAUGGAAAUGAGGAGAAAGACCUCCAGUACAGACGGCCUCCAGCUAGAGUUUCCUCCCUGAGGAGUAAACCAUCGGAACCAAAAACCCCACGGAUCUCCCCUAGAGAUGUACAUAGAGUCAGCAGUGGCAGGCAGACAGACAGAACAGUCAGACCGUCCAUGCUUGAGAAGAAAACAGAAGCUCUUACCAGUUCUCCCAGCCCCCCUCUCAGCCCGUCGCUAGAACCUGGACUAGAUUCAAAGAGACUCAUUAGCAAAAAUGCUCAGAUAGAAUCGUCUGACAGUCCUCCUGAUGAUUCCAGCCCCAUCCCAACUGUUAAGCCCAGGAGAAGUCAAAUCAGACACUCACACCCAGACUGUGACACUCCCCUCAGAGAUUCAGCUGAUUCCUCUUCACCACAACCUCCUCAGUCUCCUCCACCUUUAUCUCCUAAACCACUUGAAUCUCCACAGACCUCCAUGUCCUCUUCACCGAAAGAGCCUCGGUCCAGCUCCAAACCUCCUCUGGCUCCAAAGCCCAGAAUCUCCUCUACAGAGCAGGCGUUUGCCCGCCGCUCUGAUCCACUGAACCAUGCAGAGAAACCACCAGCUCCACCUGCCUCACCUCCAGCAAUCAGACGGCUUGUUGCUCCCACUGAACCACCACCACCUCCACCACCAGUGGAAGAAAGAUGUAAUCUCCCUGAAUCACCGAUGCCCAGCCAGCAUGAUGCAGCUCCACGUACUGCUCACGACAUUAUGCCACCCGAUUCCCUGACUGCUGCACCAAUCACACGAGAGGACACUGAGACACCUGACCUUGCUCCUCCAUCUCCUGGACAGCGACAAAAGACUUCAGAUCUAUCAGAGGGGCAACCUGAGCCUGAGGUCGCAGCCGGGCAGCUACCGAGAAUGGAGGGCACGCUGGAGAUCAAACUGAAACAAGGAGGAAACAAGGGUCUGGAGCACUGGGAGGAGGUCUUUGCUGUUCUGCAGGGAGAGACUCUCAGCCUGUUUAAAGACACAGCAGCUGCUGCACAGAGGACCUCUAGGUGGCCUCCUAUCAACAUAGUUGGAGCCGUCUGCAGGGAGAACUCCUAUUACAGGAGGAAAGAGAACACAUUCAAACUCAUACUGGAGGAUGGCAGUCAGUAUGUGUUUGCAGCGUCCAGCAGGGAGCUCCAGCUGGUCUGGGUGAAGAUGCUCCAGAACUGCCCCGAAUCUGCCAGCAGCGACUCUGACGACUCCGGGAGAGCGUCAUCCGUCAACCUCAGUUUGGAGAAGCUGGCUGAGUCUCCAGAUGAUUUGUCCUUGACCAAGCCUCUCGACAGAAGACCUGAGAGCCUGGAGAGACAGUUAUCGUCAGAGGGCCAACCUCCACCUAAACCCCCCCAUACCUACUACAACAGACAUACCUACCCUGAAGGAGGGGAGUUCAGGACAGAAGGUACACGGAGUCUCCAAAGGCAGUCACCAUCAGGGUCUCCUCCUGCUACUCCUGACUCUCAGGAUCCCCCCACUGUCACCCCCCAAGUAACAGAGGACACCCUGAACAAAGAAAAGCCAAAAAUUAACGUCUUCAGAAAGUUUUUUGCUAAGAAGUAGCACUUUAGUUUCCAUCCAUACAUCUUGUGAUGCAGAUUUGGAAUAUUUUUUUUACCAUCAACAAUAAGGAUAUCAAAUCUUGACGUGACUUUGCAGGGAGUUUCAUAGAAAUCAUUUUAUGCUGUGGUUCACGUGCACUUAUGUGAACGAUAACAGAAAUGAAUAAAUAAAAGAAAAAGAAGAACACUAACAAGAGGAGCCUAUAGAGAAUUUAUAAAGGAAUCUUGAAAAAUCAAAUAUGUUUGGAACAACAAUGCAUCCACAUCCCAAUUCUGAUUGUAAAAGCUGCCAGACAAGACAGGCUUUUUUUAAAAAAGGGGGAAAAAAGAGAUUAUUUUCUCUUAUCAAGUGCCUCCAGUUAAUAUGUUUGUAGAAUGAUUAUUGUUUCAUGAAUUUGGAUGUAAGGAAGUUAUAACCUUCAUAGCUGGAUUAGUUUAAGAGGAGUUUAUAAAACAAUGGGUCAUAACACAUGGGAACUCCAAGAACUUUGAUUGGCUGCUUGUUUUCCUGGAUGCCUGUAACAGCAUGAUACAGAUGUCGGUUAUUAGUAACAAACAUCUAACAAAGAGACCACCCUGCAAACUUUCUGCUCACUGCAAUCAGUUCUGUGUAUGAAUCAUUGUGAACAAAGCAGUCGUUCAGCAGUCGCAUGAAUCAAUGAAAGAAUUUGAUCAGUCAGGCCCUGCAGAUCAGACAUUCUGUGUACAAACAUGGAAGGGUAAUAUAAAUCACUGCAGAUGAAAAUGCCAUAAUCUUUUUCUUUUCUUUUUUUUUUUACUAUAGUUCUAACUGAAGUAAAAAUAGCAAAAAAAGAGAUUCUGAGGAAGGAUUAGCAGAAACAUUGGGCACAAAGGUGGCUUAGAUUUAGAUUUGGAAAAGCACUUUUACACCAUGGCCACAGUAAGGAAGCCUGUUGUCUCUCAUCUGAAGAUUUGAAGCAGCCAGCAGGUCAGCAGUUCUGCAGCAGAUGUUAAUGAUGUGUUUACAUCAUUCCUAAUGAGAAUCCGCUCUCGGCCUGAUCCCAAACAGUUUAGAGUGACUCAAUGUGAAGAGUUUGACUGCACGACAUGAUCGCUACUUCAUCAAAAUUGACACUUGCUCUCAUACAGAAUGAUUGACAGCAAAUCAAUUCAAGCAAAUUUGUCACAUUUAGCUGGAGAAAAGGUUUGCAAAGGCAUCGUUCAGCAGAGACGAUGCUCUGCAUUUUCAAACAAAGAGCUUUGGUGAGUGAUUCAACUCCAUUUAUUUAUUAAUGAGCAACAAAUCCAAACAUCUUUAGUCUCAUCUUCUCCUCCAUUCAAUCAGAUCAAUAAGUGAAUCAAUAAAAAUAAUGAGUCAGAUUGAAACUUGAAGAAAUCAUUUGGGAAAUGAAAUUAAACUCAGUUGAAGUGCUCAAGUGAGAGUCAUUAAGACAAACUGAAUAAAAAAACAUGACAUAACUUCAUCAUUUAUUUGUGCUGUUUCUGCAGAUCAGACUUAGACAAUGUUACUUAUCUUUUUCUUUACUGGUUUGAUUGCUCUAAGAUUGUUCAGCUACAGCGCUUUACAGAUG